CGUGGUUCGAAUACUUUUAUUUCUUUUUUUGCAAGAAAUUUUGUUUAUUAAUUUCCAGGAAAACAGAAAUCAAAGGAUUCCCCUGUAACUUCCCUGCAAAACCCUAAUCGAAUUAUCGGAACAAAUCUCAAGACCCAGAGAGCUCUACAUAAAUGAAUCAGGCUACUCCGUUUAUAGCAGGACUUGCUGUGGCAGCUGCAGCUUAUGCUGGUAAAUAUAGCAUCCGGGCAUGGCAGGCAUUCAAGGCAAGACCACCAACGGCUAGAAUUCGCAGAUUUUAUGAUGGGGGAUUUCAGCCUACCAUGACGAGGAGAGAAGCAGCUCUGAUUCUUGGUGUCAGAGAAUCAACUCCUGUAGAUAAGGUUAAGGAAGCGCAUAGGAGGGUAAUGGUUGCAAACCAUCCUGAUGCAGGCGGAAGCCAUUACCUGGCUUCCAAAAUUAAUGAAGCAAAAGACAUUUUGCUUGGGAAAGGCAAGGGAAGUGGUUCUGCUUUUUGAUGGCAUUAACCUUUCAUUUACUUGAAGAUCCCCUGGGAAAGCUGAGUUUUGAAGACUGAUCUACUCCUCUGCUUAAUCCCUCUGCAAUUUUGUGCAAGAAAAUGCUGUAGCAAACCCCGGAAGAUGGAAUAAUUACUGAAAGGGUGUCUUUUGAAUUGAUUCUUUAGGACCUGAUGGCCUGUCAAAUCUCUGUGUUACUUAUAUUGACUACGUAUGAGAUUGGAAUUUUAAAAUUGUCAAAUGAAAUUGCCCUUCAAUGGAGGUUAGUGUCAAGAAAUGGGACUUGAUGAUAUAAUCAUAUUUGGUACCAUAGCCUAAUGGCUAACAUUGAAAUGAAGUGAAGUUUCUAAUUAACUGUCUCGGCUUGAAGCCCUUUUGAGGGGUACACAUGCCCCUUUAGAAUUAAUAUCUCCGGCCAGU